UCGGCCGAUUGUACGUACCAGAACGUUCCCUUGUCCGUAUAGUGUUUAUUAUAAAAUAAACCCGCGACCGUGCGAACCAUAACAAUAUCAAAAAAAUAGUAUUAAUAAUAAUUAAACCGGAAUACUAAAAUAACACGUUCAUUAAAAAUAAUUUUCAUUUAUAAAUAAUAUUUAAAACGGGGAAAAAUCUUUUUCCUUUCCAUGUGCUCAACGGGUCCCGAUGCGGGCUUUAAACUCUUGUGAUGAUGUGCAGUGUCGUGUGGCGCCUGUUGUGUAGGAGCAUGACCCAUGGAUAUUUAUUACAGUUCUUCUUGUUGCUACUCAACUUGCUCCAGUGCGCGCAUGGCUCCGGUUUUUUUGAACUUCAAGUGUUGGAAAUGUCAAAUAGAGGCAGCUUAUUAUCGAACGGUAGCUGCUGUGGAGUACUAUCAAAGUCUCCGACGCACCAAAGGUGCUCGUUGCCAUGCAACACCUUCUUCAGAUUGUGCCUUAAAGAAUACCAGAGCAACGUGACCAGCACCGGUUCUUGCUCGUUCGGACACACAUCCAGUCCGGUGCUGGGUAGGGACUCCUUCACGCUCACCGAUCCCGAACUUGAGAAGGGAAAACUCGUCCUGCCUUUCACCUUCAGAUGGACGGUAAGUAACACGAGACAUCUCGCACACGCGUUUACCAUAAUUAUAUCUGCCAAAGAGGCGAAACGCCCGAGAGGGACACCUUACUUGUGCCCGAACUCGGUGGCACUUUCACUUUGUCGGCUCUUCCUUCUUGGUCUUCUUCGUAUUCGGCUUUAAUGAACAGAACCAAUU